AUGAAACUCUUGACCCCCCUCCUUUUGUCCGGGCUUGUCGUGGCGGUGGCAGCCCAAGACACGCUUGAGCAUUCCAACGAAUCAGCCGAAAAUGUUGUUCCUUCUGUCGGCUCAGGGGGCGUAGAGGACAGCGCUGACGAUCGAGAGCUCGGGAAAAAAAGCGGUGGCUAUCUUCCCGUCCUGCCAGUGAAGAAGGCACCAGCACCCAAAGUGACUUAUUUGCCCGCUAUGAAGAAGCAACCUCAGCCAGUUGUUUACGCCUCUUCCAAAAAGGGUGGCUACCUCCCGCGCAAGCUCCAAGACAUGGAGACAUUUGACACCGAUGUCAUUCCAAUUGAUGAGAAAUUGGAGAACGUUGAGCCUGAGAAGGCGGCAGAUGAAGAGUCCGCCGAUGAUCGUGAACUCGGAGGCAAAAAGAGAGGCAAUAACUAUAUCCCCGUGAAGAUGCCAGCGCCGAAGAAGGUUAUCGCUGCUCCCAAGAAGGUGGCCGUUCCAGUCUACUCUGGCAAGAAAGGUUACUGGAACGGAGGCUACUACCGCCGCCUCAGCGACGAGCCGGCUACAGAAGGAGAUCUCGUCGAGGAAUUGGAGAUCGUUGAGCCUGAGAAGGCGGCAGAUGAAGAGUCCGCCGAUGAUCGUGAACUCGGAGGCAAAAAGAGAGGCAAUAACUAUAUCCCCGUGAAGAUGCCAGCGCCGAAGAAGGUUAUCGCUGCUCCCAAGAAGGUGGCCGUUCCAGUCUACUCUGGCAAGAAAGGUUACUGGAACGGAGGCUACUACCGCCGCCUCAGCGACGAGCCGGCUACAGAAGGAGAUCUCGUCGAGGAAUUGGAGAUCGUUGAGCCUGAGAAGGCGGCAGAUGAAGAGUCCGCCGAUGAUCGUGAACUCGGAGGCAAAAAGAGAGGCAAUAACUAUAUCCCCGUGAAGAUGCCAGCGCCGAAGAAGGUUAUCGCUGCCCCCAAGAAGGUGGCCGUUCCAGUCUACUCUGGCAAGAAAGGUUACUGGAACGGAGGCUACUACCGCCGCCUCAGCGACGAGCCGGCUACAGAAGGAGAUCUCGUCGAGGAAUUAGAGAUCGCUGAGCCCGAGGAGGCGACAGAUGAAGAGUCCGCCGACGAUCGUGAACUCGGCAAGAGCUUGUACGGUGGCUACAGCUACUUGCCAUCCAGCAAAAAGACCGUACAGCCAACAUACAAAACUAAGAGAGUCGUUCAACGUCCGAAGAAAGUUGUCGAGUCUGCGCCUAAGAAACUCGUUCGUUCUGAGCCCAAGAAGACUGUACGCACAGUCUCGAAGAAAACUGUGAAUCCGACCCCGAAAAAGGUUAUCAGGUCUGCACCGAAGAAGUCCGUCAGUUAUCCGAUGAUUCAGACGCAGACAAAGAAGGGCAUGCACCACGCUCCUCAGUAUACCUCGAAGAAGGGAUCGUACUAA